AUGGGCUAUCUAGGCUCAACUACCCUCGUGAACAUCUUUCAGUGUGACCCAAUCAAAUACGCUUACUUGCAACCACAAAUGGACCACAAAGACGCUGAUGGCAAUACAAUCAAAGGCGGCAAAUGCAUCAAUAGUCUCCAGUUCAUCAUGUCCAGCUGCGCCCUUAGCAUCUUCAUGGACUUGAUCAUCAUGCCUAUCCCCACUGCCAUGGUGUGGAACCUCCAAAUGAAGCGCAAAACGAAAAUAGCAGUGGUCGCUGUCAUGAGCAUGGGCUGGAUAGCGACCAUCGCCUCCGUCUCUCGCCUGAUAGUCUACUACUACCGCUACUCCCCCACCGUCGACCGCACCUACAACAUCGGCCUCGUAACCUCCGUCACUGAGCCCUCCGUGGCCAUAAUCGCCGCCUGCGCCCCUGCCCUACGCCGCCUCUUGACCUUUAUGCUACCUCGCUACUUCUCCGACGGUGCCACCUACCCUGAUGGUACCUACAACUACGAGACGAACAACGCUACAUACGGAAACACACGGCCACGGCGGUCGACGAGCUUUCCGCGCAAUAUCGACAAGGAUAUGGACUUGGUGAUCAGGGAGGAUGGGCAGGAGCAGGACGAGGAGUCGGUGUAUGGGAUGGCGGAUUUGAGGGGGAAGGAGAGCAGAGAGGUGCUUGAGAUACAACGAACGCAGAGUGUGAAGACGGGCGUCAGCGAGGGGACGGGGCAGCCAUUUUGUGUGAAUGCGACGCAACCGUUUGAUGUGCUUGACCACAAGCAGUACGAUGAGAGGCAGUAG